AUGAACUUUAGCUUCGAAGGCAACUUUCGACCCAAACGCAACAUCAACUUGGGCGGCGUCAAAAAGAUCGACGACAAGAGAUCAUUGCUGGCCAAAGCUCAAAGCGAACGUAAAGCAAGAGAACAGGAACGUCUUAAAUUGAAGAGUGCACAGCAAAUUCAGUCCUUCCUUAGAGGCCGUCAACAGGCUACAUUGAUCAAGCAAGCAUUGCGACAUGAUUUCCAUCAACUCUUGCCAUCCACAAACAGCAACACAGAUGAGCAGACAUGGAUGACAUUGACUCGUCAAUUGAUUUGGUUCUAUCAGCCUGGCAACGAGGCAGAUAAUCACCAUCUCAGCCAAUAUCUAGCACAAGUUACUCCCAUCAUACGCAGUAUGUUUUGCAUAUCAGAUAGGGAAGUGCAGGAUUCAUGGCUAUGGCUGUGCAGUUUGUUGAUCAAGCGAGUGCUGUUACCGAGCAUAGACGGAGGCUCUGCGAGUGCCUAUCAACUGCUGGCUUCCUUGUUUGACCCAGGCACCUACAAAAACCAAGACCACCGCACUCGCAUCAUGACCUUCUGCUUGUACAAUACAACACUGCUCAAGAGCAUGAAAAAUACAAAAAACAGCAACCUUAUAUCCUACAUGGAAUCCAUCUUGAUACAGUUAGCCACAUUCUACGAACCAUACUACUAUGCUACAUCACCGCUUAUCGAGAAGUAUCAGUGUAGACCCAACACACCGUACAUGACUCGACCUCAAUUGUUGCGAAUGCUGACGACUGAAUUAAUGAUCGAGCCAUUUUUUAUGGAUCAUGUGUCUGCAAACGCAUUGACGACAUUGGCAUUAAAGUUGCCCUUGAAGGAUAUAUUAGAGACUGUGACGGAGCUGCUCCUAGAGCCCACCACGACUGCAUUAGAUGAUACAGCAGUAGCUGGUAUAUUGAUGAACUUGACUGUAUUGGGUGAUGCUGACUCAGGAAAGCAUUUAGAUGGUAUUCUGACACAUUAUGCAAAGGCCAUUCAAUUGUUGCUUGCUCGUUUGCCAGUAUCGUACUUGACAGAUCCUUCGGAGCAAGAAAAGGCAGAUGCCAUUGAAAUGGACAUAGAAUCGUCAGACGAAGAAGAGGAAGAUGAGGAUAGAGAUAUUGUCAUGAAGGAAGCCACCGCCUCUACGGCUGCCACCACAACCAAUGCAUCGCCCUUGGUUCGAUCUCGUCUUGAAACACUAUACGAUUCCGAGCGAGUCAAUCACCUGUUGUAUCAAUUCAUGCAAAUCGGCACAAACAGCGAUGCCAUUCAGUCUGUGUCUAGCUUUUUCAACACACUGAUGCUGCGAUGGCCCAUGAAAAAGGACGCUAUUCUACAUACAUUACUCUACAAAUCAAGCAACACACACAAUCUGUUACAGAUAUUGUGGCAGUCAUGGUCUACCUCCACAGAAGCAGCAUUUUUCAACGACGAUGGCAACAUGAUGGCACAUUUGGUAGACGCUGUUAAAUACAUAAGUGACAGUAAGAAGACUUGCGUGGAGAAUUGGUCGGUGUUGUUCUUGUUGUGCGAGGUGUAUGCUCGAUCCCUGCUGACAUUAGGCGAUGAUGAAUUUCUGGAUAAGAAAGCAACGCACUCAAAUCCAUUGGAAUUGAGUCAAGUGAUUGAUCUAGGCCGUCAAUUGAAGAACAUAUCGUUUAUCAUGUUCUGGAGGGCCAACAGCUUGGAUUUGACACAGCACAUUGGAUUAACAGGCAUUCAAUUAAAUCAACUUCGUUCCAGCGUCACUCAUUUAUUACAGCAAAUCCAUAUGAGAGACUCUCGUCGCAACUUUUGCCCUCAAGGUCAUUGGCUUAUUCCUGAUCUAGAUACGGACAACUUUUCAACAGAAGCAGUUGCUGAAGAAUUCAAUUUAGAGAGUGAACAACAGCAAGAAAAGAACAUGCCAUUACGGCCUUUGCGCAUGUUGUCCAAGGGCAGACUAGCUGUCAUCAGUCCCCGCUUGGGAUUACUCAACAACAUACCCUUUGUGAUUCCUUUUGAGCAGCGUGUAGAGAUAUUCCGUAUGUUUGUAAACAACGACAAGAAGCGAAACAACGUGGAUGAGUUUUACAGUAGGCCCAAAGCAGCCGCUACUGUGCGAAGAGAUCACAUGUUUGAAGAUGGCUUCGAUCAAUUGGCUUCAUUGGGUGUGGAGCUCAAGAAUAAGGUGGCCAUCUCGUUUGUGGAUGAGUUUGGCUUGGAAGAAGCUGGUAUCGAUGGAGGUGGUGUGUUUAAGGAGUUCUUGACAGGUCUCAGCAAAGAGGCGUUCAAUGUCAAUUACGGCUUGUUUACAGCUACUCCUGAGCAACUCUUGUAUCCCAAUCCUAGUUUCUAUGCCACUGAACCUCAACAAUUGGAAUACUUUAAAUUCCUUGGCUUGAUCAUUGGUAAAGCUGUGUACGAAGGCAUUCUUUUGGAUGUUGCAUUUGCUGAAUUCUUUUUGAAAAAAUGUCUUGGAAAAGUUAACUAUCUGGAUGAUUUAUCUUCGCUGGAUCCCGAGUUAUACAAGGGUCUACUCGCUGUCAAGAAUUACGAUGGUAAUGUGGAAGAUUUGUCUUUGGAUUUCACUAGCACGCAUAUGGAGAAUGGCAGAUCUGUUAAUGUAGAUCUUAUACCCGGUGGUAGCAACAUUCCUGUCACCAAUCAGAACCGAAUUCAAUACAUUUACAGCAUUGCCAACUAUCGACUCAAUGUACAAAUAGCCAAGCAAUGUAGGGCCUUCUUCAAGGGUUUAUCCACCAUUGUAGAUAUCAAGUGGCUGCGCAUGUUCAAUCAGCAAGAACUACAGAUUGUGUUGGGUGGUGCCUCAGUGCCUAUCGAUCUCAAUGACUUGAGAUCACACACGGUACUUGCCGGGUUCAUGGAGCAUGAUGCCACUGUCAAGAACUUUUGGAAGGCUCUAGAAUCGUUUGAUAACACUCUGCGCAUGAAAUUCGUCAAGUUUGUAACUUCAUGUUCUAGACCUCCCUUGUUGGGGUUCAGGGAGCUGGUUCCUCAGUUUUGUUUGCGUAAUGCAGGUGUGGAUCAAGAGAGACUGCCCACAAGUUCCACAUGUGUCAAUCUGUUGAAGCUGCCAAAUUACCCAACAUAUCAGAUACUGAGAGAGAAACUACUGUACGCCAUUACUGCGGAUGCUGGUUUUGAUUUAUCUUGA